AUGAUACCCAUAGUCACGGCGGAAAGCAGCCCUGAUAUUCGAGCUUCAUCUCUCAUACCGUUCAUCUCUGACAAAAUUCUUAUUGUCGUUCUUCCCGUUGCCGUUUACUGGUUCUUUUCCCUAAUUUUCCAAGCUUGUGACGACAAUGGCUGGCUCUCAAAAUAUAAACUCCAUACCCCCGAGGAGUUUUUGAAGCGAAAUAGGAUUCGCAAAAGGGAUGUCAUCCAGGGCGUCCUCAUCCAACAUGUGUUACAAGUUGUCGUGGGGAUUGGCCUGGCAUACUUCGAACCUGAUGAAAUCGUCAAUGAACAACAGAAUAUUGUUACGUGGGUGCAAAGAAUUCAGCUUGGGAAAGAGUAUCUUCCGUCUUUAUUUGCGAUCACGGGUAUAGACCUACUUAGCCUUGCUGAGAAGGUCAAGCUGCCAGCCCAAUGUGCAUCUGCUGUCGGAUUUGCCGGGUGGCAAGUGGCGGUUGCUAAGACCAUUUACUAUGUUCUUAUCCCCGCGUUCCAAUAUGCUCUUGCGGCGUUCUUCGUCGAUAGCUGGCAAUAUGGCAUCCACUGGUGCAUGCAUAAGAAUAGGUGGCUCUAUCGCACCUUCCACUAUAGACACCAUCAGCUCUAUGUGCCAUAUGCUUUUGGUGCUCUAUAUAACCAUCCACUAGAAGGCUUUGUGCAAGACACGAUCGGCUCUCUUCUCGCCUUUAGGGUGGCUCAAUUAAGCAUACGCCAGGGUAUCUAUUUCUUCACUUUCGCGACGCUGAAAACGGUCGAUGACCAUUCGGGCUUCCUGCUACCGUGGGAUCCGCUUCAGCUUUUUACAGACAACAAUGCUCUGUAUCACGAUAUCCAUCACCAAAGCUGGGGAAUGAAGACUAAUUUCUCCCAACCGUUUUUCUCGUUCUGGGAUAGGGUCUUCGGCACUAUCUGGAAGGGCAGUGAUACAGGAAUUCGGUAUGAACGCGGACGGCAGCUGGCUAAGCAAGCUCAUGUACUGGAAAUUGAGGGUGUCGCGAACGGAAGUUCGGAGUGA